CAAGGACUGUUUGAAAACACAAACAAAGCCCUGCACGGACCUGGACUCUUAACCCUGUUUUAAUGAGCGUAACCCUAGAAGCGCCUUUGUGACGUCUCUGAUUGACAGGCCUGCCCCCCCUUGGAGUCGUAACGAGCGAGUGUGCUCGAGGCAGCGGGAGGCUAUAAAAGCAGCGCGGCUGGUCCAGCCAAGGCUUCAGGACCUACGGGAGGAGCACACACAUAGACACACACACACACACGUGCACGUGCGAGUAAGACAGGCUGACCAGUGGCGUUGCUCCCAACACACACACGCGAACACACGCACACACUCACCUGUGUGGCUCAUCUUUUUUUUUUUCUUUACUUUUUUCCUUCAAAAUGUUCUCACGGACACUUGUUAUUGGCCUGCUCUUUGCUGUAGCCACUGUGGUAUUAUCAGCUCCCGUGACAGAUGUACAAGACAUCGAUGAAAGAGCUGCUGCCGUCAUAGCAUUCCUAAAUGGAAAUAACAGUCACCCUCAACUAACCACAAGUCCAGACCAAGGAGACUCAGGAAUUACGGAUGGACCUGACUCUCAUGAGGAAGCUCAAGGUGCAGAUUCAGCUGACACAACAAACCAGCCAGAUGCAGCUGCAGCUGCAGGCGCAGACACAGAUGCAAGUGUGGAAGAGACAACCACUGCUCCAGAUAAUUCCAAAGAGGCAGCAGACAGCGUGACUGAAAGUCAGGACUCUGCUGAUUCACAAGAUGCAGUUGAUAAUUCUGAAGAGGCAGAUAACACGGACGCAGCCGAGGCUGACACGACCGAGGAAGCCAAGGAGUCAGAUAACUCAGAGAUGGAAAAAGACGACAGCACUGCUGCCAGUCAGGAGAAUGACACUGAUGAGCAGCAGGAUGCGCCAGAUAACGCCGAUGCCAACGCCGACGCCGACAGUGACAGUGACGAAGCCAGUCCAGACAAAGCAGACGCGGCGGAGCAGGAGGACAGCACCAACGAAAAUACAAUGGAUGCCAGUGACGAGCAAGCAGCCGCCAAGGCCGACGCAGACAGUGCUGAGGCAUCACUGGACGCAGAUGACAAAGAUGCUGACAAGGACUCUGCAGACUCGGAUGAACAGGAUGCAGACAUGGCUGACGCUGCAGAAGCAGACGCAGGCGCAGAUGCCGACGCGGACGACGCAGAGGCAGGUGCAGACAAGGCCUCUGAGGACAGCGCAGAGGCCUCGCCAAGCGCAGAGGAGAAAGAAAAGGAGGCGGCGGCAGACAAAGACUCAGCGGAGGACGACCAAAAGGACAGCGCAGACAUGGACGCCCAGGACAGUGACGACAGUGACGAGAGCACUGACAGCGCUGACAGCGCUGACAAAGACUCAGACAAACAGUCGGACGCCGCGGCCGACGCAAACAGCCAGGAGGCCAAUGCAGAUAACAGUGCCGAGGCUGGAGCUGAUGCCGAUGCCGAUGCCAAAGAUGCAGCAGACAGUGCAGAUGCCGACUCAGCGGACAAGGACUCUAGCAUGGAGAACAGAGACUCCGACAAAGACGACUCCGACAAGGACGACUCUGAUGAGUCCGAUGAGGACGAUGCCCAAGACGCAGGAGAGGCCAAAGAGGCGGCAGCAGGCUCAGACGCAGAUGCAAGCAAGCAGGAUUCACAGGACGCUCCUGACAACAAAGACGAUGACGAUGACAGCGAUGAAGACGACGAUAGCAAAGACGAUACGGACAAGGACGAGGGAGAGGCCGUCGGCAGCCAGGAGGCCAGUGAUCGGGCCACACUGGAAGAAGGUGAGGCCAUCAAUGACGACAGUGACGAACAAAACAUGGGCCAGGUGCCGGAAGAGGGCAUGCCAGCCGGAAGUCAGGAUCCGUUCGAGGUAGAGCAGAUGGGGAAGGACAGCGUCAGCCUGGACUCAGAGUUCUCCACCCGGGAGGAGGUCGACGAGAUGAGCGACGAGUCAUCGGAUGACAAAGAUGACAAGGAUGACAGCGACAGCGACAGCACCGCCAAAGACAGCACAGAGGAGAAAUUGGAAGAUACAACGACUGAGUCAACAGCAAGCUCAGAGGCCAGUGAUGACCAGGACGAUAGUGACAAGGAUAAUGCAUCAGAGUCCCUCUCAAAAGAGGACAGCACUGAGAAGAGCGCUGAAGCUGAUACCACAGAUGAAGAUGACACUAUUGAUGAUGGCACGUCCGAUGAGAUAAUGGCAUCCUCUGAGACAGACGACAUGUCAGAUGCUGUCACCGCAGAAGCACCAGACCAACCGGACAAGCCAGAUGAUACAACACAAGGAGCUCCUGCAAAUGCUAAUCAGAGUUCCUAGCAGUCUGGAUUGUUCCAGCAAGUUAUGGUGGAGUCUUUACAACAGAAUCAUCUUGAAAAGGCACAAAGGAAACCUACCGAUGCAGUCACAAUAACAAAACAGCAAUUUCAGAUUGGAUGAACUAUUUGUUUUCUCUGCUCACCCCUUCACCCUUAAAAAAAAAAAGUUUUUUUCCUCAUUUGAGAAGCUACCCUAUACUCAUUAAAUUAUUCAACCUUUUGCUCACAGACUUAAAAAUUCA